UCAUACAAUUGGUUGGAAUAGUUUCUUGAUCUAUCACUCUUUGCUGUCAUUGUUUGGAUGGGGGAGGCUAUUCGAUAUUUCAAUGUCCUCUUGCACUCCCUUUUGUUUGAUCUUGUUACUUCUGUUUUUCACGUGUAUCACGUAAAUCUUAACCAGUCAGAUUCUGUCUUUUCUAAGCUUAUCUUGUAUACCCCACAUGGGUUUCUAUGCUAUUUCAUGCCUUGAUUUCACAUGAUAAUCUCUUUAUCAUUUUCUUCAGUUGAAUUAUGCUGCCCGUCCAUAAUGUUCAUAUUCUGCGUCUUGUUUGUUGUUUCACUGGCACCUUGUCAUUCUAUUGUCGUUUUUUCUUGUACUUUUACCUUUUGAAUUAUGGAUAAUAUUGCUUUCAUAUCUAGUUUCGAAAGAGUUCUUCUGUUCCAUAUUAUAAUUCAUUAUUAGCUCAGAAUUUGUUGCCUUGCCAUUGUUUGUAUGUGUCCACACAUAGUUAGCUCUAACCCUUGUGGUCCAGGUCAUUAUCAGAGUAAAUUGUAAAGCAGCUUUAACAUCAUCGAUUUUGAAGAACAUCUAUGUAUCUUGAAAAUGGCAUUAUUUGUGGAUAGAAUAUCUCUGUAAAACAGUGUGUGGACCCGGAUUUCGGGCCUUUUACCCAUUGUUGGUUGGUUUAUUUCUACUUUUGCCGUGCAAGUGUUUCUUUAAUCUUGCUGGAUGUACGUGUACUAUGUGACUUUCUGUUGAGGAGUCUGGGACCAUGAAACAAGCGCGGCUCGAUCAAUUCAGAGAUGACUGCGUUUCAGCUUUAUGGACAAGACCUAGUUGAGUAACAGUCACAUCUGGGUCUCCUUUCCACUUUCCAGCAAUGAUUCACACUCCCACUGCUAUUAGUGUAUGCGGUUGGUGUGCAUCUGUUGAAGGCAAUAGUAUGGUUUUAUGUUGGAAUGAGUGCAGGAUGUGCAGAUGACGACAUCUGAAGACUGAAAUUCUUUUGGGCUGAAUGGAACCCGAAAUUCAGUUCGCACUUGGGAACUAGGCUUGCUUCGGAUGGUGACCGGCAAAUGCCAGAAUGAUAUACUUGAUGGGGGUAUUCCGAGUAAAGUGAUGAUGAGCUUUGGAGACAUUCUCCGAUCGGAGAGAGAGAAAGAGAUGAUGCUCACCACCAGUACGAGUCUCGAUCACACCAUCGUCGAGAGUGUUAUAGCCAGUUUAGGCAAAGGCUUCGAUUUAACCUCGGAUUUCCGGCUUAAGUAUUGCAAAGGCAAACAACGGUUGGUUUCCCUAAACGACGGCGACAAAAGAGAGCUCGUCGUGCCUGGUUUUGGUUCCAUUCCGGACGUCUCCGGCGACAUUAAAUGCGACAAGGGAGACCGGAUGAGGUGCCAGACGGACAUGUUCAGCUUCAGUCAGAUGUCGGAGUAUAUCAACCAGAAGUGUAGUGUUUCCGGGAAAGUGCCGUCGGGGUUUUUCAAUUCGAUGUUCGGGUUCGAUAGUGAUUCGUGGGGGAGCGAUGCGGCCAAUAUAAAAUGCUUGGGUGUGGAUGGAUAUUUCAUCAUCUUCUUCAGUGUUCAUAUUGAUAGGUACCCUCUUGUUCUUGCCGAUGAAGUUCGCGAUGCUGUUCCGACCACUUGGGACCCACUUGCCAUUUCAAGAUUCAUAGAAAAAUAUGGGACGCACAUCGUGGUGGGUUUGAGUGUUGGGGGUCAGGAUGUGGUGUUGGUUAAGCAAGAUAAAUCAUCAAAUUUGGGGCCAUCAGACCUCAAAACUCACUUAAACGAGCUUGGAGAUCAGCAUUUUACGGGGACUUGUAAUUUCUCCCCACUCCUCUCCAAAGCAAAAGACCAUAAACACAAGGCGCCACAGGCAUUCAAUGUCUUUGAUGCUCCGCAGUCUGCUGCCCUCAACGGCUUCUCCACCGCAAACACAAAAGAUGGAAUUACCGUGAUAAGCUCUAAAAAGGGCGGUGAUCCAACGGCCAGUAGCCACAGCGAGUGGCUUCUAACAGUUCCAUCAAUGCCGGACGCUAUUCAGUACAGCUUCAUUCCUAUCACUUCUCUCCUUAAAGGUGUUCCCGGCAAAGGUUUCUUGUCCCAUGCCAUCAACCUCUAUCUCAGAUACAAGCCUCCUAUAGCUGAUUUGCCCUACUUUCUUGAAUUUCAAGUAUCACACAAAGUUUGGGCUCCCCUUCACAAUGACCUACGUUUAGGUCCUGCCACAAAUAGCAAAUCUAAUCCAUCAUCACCUGCUAUUCACUUCAGCUUAAUGGGUCCUAGGUUAUAUGUAAACACCACACAGGUUAGAGUUGGAAAUAAUGCCCCUGUCACAGGGAUGCGCUUGUUUCUUGAGGGCAUGAAAUGCAACAGGCUAGCCAUCCACCUCCAACAUCUAGCAAACACUCCAUUGAUGUUGGAGAACAAGAUCGAUGACACAACGAUGUGGCGAGGAUCAGAAGAGAUCGACGAUGACCGGUACUUUGAACCAACAAACGGGAAAAAGUUCUCCCACGUGUGCACGGCGCCAGUAACGUACGACCCAAAAUGGAUAUCUUCGGGCAUAACCUCGGCCGUCAUUGUCUCGGGAGCACAACUUGUGGUCAAGCAACACGGCUCAAAGAAUGUUCUCCAUCUUCGGCUCUUGUUCUCCAAAGUCUUGGACUCUUUCUUAGUGCAAUCAAAUUGGGCAGAGUCAUGUUCUUCAACUAAAUCGUCGUCGUCUGGCCUUCUGAAUGCGAUGAGUAGACCAAUUUCUGGGAACUAUUGGGGAAAAGAGAAAGUAGAACCUGCCGCGGAGGAUGUGAUAUUGGAUUCGAGUGUUUUUCCUGCAGGGCCUCCGGUGCCUUUGCCAAGGCAAAAAUUUGUGAAGCAUGUAAACACCUCACAUGUAUGCAAAGGGCCGCAGGAUAGUCCUGGCCAUUGGUUGGUCACCGGAGCAAAGCUCAACUUGGUCAAGGGAAAGAUUGGCUUGCAAGUCAAGUUCUCUCUGUUAAACCUAGCAGAAAAAUGAUCGAACAACAUACAUAGCCUAGCUAAUUAUUUUCAUUCUUUCGUUAGAUUAAUCAACUUAUUCAAGGCAAUA